AAGUUCCAUAAAGAAACAAUGGCGGUAGACGGCUCUUGUCUCUGCGCUGCAGGACAGAAAUAUUUAGAAAAUCUUUCGUACCAUCAGCAAUAAGACUUUAUAAUUCUACCGUAAACAGAUGAGAGAGACUCCAGACAAAUGAAUUCCUCUUCGGGGAUAAAUAAAGUUAUUGUAUUGUGUUGUAAACGUCGUAGAUGAUCAGGUUCUGAUCCUGAAUUAUAGUAAUGGCGACGUCUUCUUGGUCCUGAAUCUGUAGCCUGCUACAGUUAAAUGGUUAUGAUGCUGUCGUUGUUUUGGACCACAAUAAUCUCGUCAUUCUAUAUCUGAGUGAUGUAACGUCUUCUCUCCAUGAAAACCAGGUCCUGAUCUACAAAAUAACACUGAUAAAUGAACCGUGCUCCAUUAUGUUGUUGAUGUUCUUUCUGCAGAUCUUCAUGAUGAAUAUGUUAUUAGGUGGAACCCUCACCUGCCAUCGGACGGAGUAUGUGUUUGGGAAUGAGUGCUGUCCCAUGUGUCCUGUUGGAAACAGGGUAAAAACAGACUGUGAGGUGUACAAAAGCACCUCGUGUCAGCCGUGCUCUGAGGGAACCUUCAUGAACAAGCUGAACGGAUUAAAGUCAUGCUUGCCCUGUUCGUGGUGUGAAGCAGAUUCUGGUCUGAAGAUAAAGUCAGCGUGUACAAAAUCAUCAGACACAGUCUGUGAACCUCAGGAAGGAUUUUACUGCAUAGAGUCUGCAGAAGAAGGCUGCAGCCAAGCCAAGAAACACAGAAGCUGUGAACCAGGAGAAUACAUCAGAGAGAGAGGAACAUCAACCACAGACACGCUCUGCUCUCCCUGCUCUGCAGGAACAUUCUCAGACGGGACGUUAAUGUCAUGUCAGACACACAGACAGUGUGAAUCAGAGAAUCGGUACCUCCUGAGACCAGGAACUGACUCAGAAGAUGCUGAAUGUGGAGGACUACAGUCAGACAGGACGGUUCCUAUAGCUGUUGGUGUUGGUGGUGUUUUUUUAUGUAUUGCAUUUGCAGUUGGAGUUAUAUGGUUUUUAAUCAAAAAGAAGAAACCAAGGAGUCCAAAAUCAGGAGCAGAUAUAGAACCAAUGAAUGUCUCCCAGGGUGUGGCUUCAAACGGAGACGUACCUCCAGACAUGGCGACAGGAAACGGCCCAGUGUAACUGAUCACAAUGGAGGAAAAGAGGACUGGUGGACAUAUUAAUGCAAACUGCAGGGUGAAUGUCCUCCAGGAUCUGGUUCCUGGAUUCUGGGUCAUUGUCUCUGCAGUGUUGAUAAAUAUCAUCAGUCUGUCCUAACAAUGGUCCACUGAGUUGGACCUGAAUCUGAAGGGGACUGAAGAGAAGACCAGGUUCUGCUGUCAGAGGACUUGGAGAUGUGGUCUUUAAAUGUGGAUCUUUAGAAGGCUGUAUAAACCACAUACACACUGUUGACUGCUCUGAAUCUGUCCUGAAGGUUUCAGCUCCUCUGAUCACGUCCUGCUUUAAAACCUCUCUGUAGUCAAGUUUAAAAUACAGUCUGCAAGAUGGACUUGGAGACUGGUAUGAAGAGGACUACUGCCUGGUGGACAUAUACCUCUGUGAGGUUAGAAUAAUAAUAAUAAUAAUAAUAACGGAAAUAUUUCACCUUUUUUCUAAAAAUACAUGUGUAUGUUUGUGUUAUUUAUACAAGAGAAACUAAUUUUAGGAGGAACUUUUAAAUCCUCUUGAAUCCAACAACAUACCUCUGAAAUCUUGUGUUUUGUAUGUUUUUUGUCCCUUUUUUAAAUAAAAAUAUGAAACUCUA